CUGCCAAUUUCAGGCGGGAAUUCGCGCAGUGUUGUUCCUGAUUCUUUUCCUUAUCAGCAGCAAUGGCGGAUAGGCUUAGCAUCAAGGAAAACCCUCGUUAGCAGUUUUUCAGCGUCGUCUCAUUGCGUUUCUAUAACGCGAGAUGUAGAUAGCUGCUACUAUUGUUAUUUAGGUGUGACUUGGCUACUUGCGUGUAUCGCGUUUCUUAGCUCUUCCGCUUCAACCGUCUUCAGCUCCCUUUUAUCUCUAACCGUUUCGCAACUUUAAUCUCCCUUAAUUCUAUUAACGGCUAGCCGUUCUUCCAUCGCCCUGACCGUCAGGCUGGCCGUUAUACGAACGGUCCGUCAUUAUGGCUGCCAAGUUAACUGCCGGCGGGAAACGCUCAUUUUCCGGCGAUAGCGUGGAAUUCACGGCGGCCGGCAGCCCGCAGCAGAAGCCGGCCAUUCCGGUUCUUUCCGCGGCUCUAGCGCCGGGAAACGCGGAGAGCCCCGCUCGUAGAGCCGCGAGAGCAAGGUCCGCUGAAACACCUGAAAAGACACCUGAUAGGACGCCUGGAGCGGACACUGGAAGACGAACGAGCAGACGAAGAGGAGAGAAGCGAACGACGCACGGGAGACGGGGAGAGACGGAUGGCGAGGAGGGGAAGGGGGAGGCGGAAAAAGGGGGGGACUGGGCGGAAGGGGCGAGCGAUGACGAGGAGGAGGAGGAGGAGGAGGAGGAGGAGGAGGAGGAGGGGUUGGGGAGUCCUGAGGCGGUGAUGGGUGUGCGGUGCUUCACGUGGAAGGUGAUGGUGUUCAAAGACGGGCGGAAGGGCCAUCAUGGGCAUUCGCAUGCACAGUCGCAUGGACGUUCGCAUGGGCACGCACGUCACAACAACAGUCAGUCCAACUCCCGCUCGCACUCGCUCUCCCCGUUCCGUCGUCACAGUCACUCUGAGAGCCGCACAGACGGCGAGAAAGGAUUAGAUGCCGGGAGAGAAAAGCAAAGAGGAGCAGCUGAGGGUGCGUCAGGAGGAGCAGCAGCAGCAGCAGCAGCAGCUGCAGCUGCAGCAACGGCGGCGGCGGCAGGUGAUGGAAGCAGUGAGGAGGGGGCGUCUGAAAACAGCAACGCGUCGUGGAUACGGCUCAUACACCCGCAUGCGGAUGGUCCCACUCCCAGCCAUCACUCGCAAGAGCUUCAGCCGUCUCACCACCUGAAUGGCGUUGCGGGAGGAGCUGCCACGCCUGGCUCGUGCCAGCAGCCCCAGCAGCCCCAGCAGCCCCAGCAGCCCCAGCAGCCCCAGAAGCCCCAGCAGCCCCAGCAGCCCCAGCAGCCCCAGAAGCCUCAGCAAUCACCUGGUGACAUGGCAGGCCGUGCAGAGGGGGGCGUUGUGAGGCACGUGGAAGAAGCAGCGGCUGGUCGGGCACUUAGUGGCGAUGCAGAGGCUGCUGUGGGCGGUGACAGACGGAGAGAUGGGGCAAGAGGACAGGAGAGAAGGGAGGAGGGAACGGAGGGGAGCGGAGGCGAGAGAGGAGAGGAAGGCGAAGGGACGAGGCAAGAGGAGAGAGGGCGGGAGAGAGCGCUGGAGGGUGCGCAACCAAGACGAGAGGGCGAGGCAGGGGUGAGUGACCUGGCUAAGGGCGGAGAGCUGGGACGAGCGCGGUCGUGCUCCCCUCUGGGGCGCGGGCGAAAGAGCGAGACUGAUGAGAGCAAGAGCCCGGGACGGACGAGAGAGAUUGACAAGUGGGUGGAGAGCUGCCUGCAGGCCGCCUUGGACCCCCUCACUGCUGCUAACGCUCCAGGAACGACAGGGGGGGGGGCAGCAGCAGCAGCAGCGGCGGCAGAAGGGAAUGGAGGCAGACCGAGAAUGGCUGCUGCGUUGCACCUCUAUGGUCUGCCGGCUACUGGCAAUGAGGAGGAUGGAGACGCAGUUGGGGAUGGCAGCGAGGAUGAUUACAAUGACCCUGACGAGUACUUCUCUGUGGCUGAGUCCCUCUCCCGCAGCAGCACCCUCCACUCGCAGCCAGCCCGCUCGCCUCGCCCCAUUCCUCCUCCUCGCUCUCCCACCCCUCUCACUCCCACUCGCACCCCCUCCCGCCCUCGCACCCCUCGCACUCCUUCCCACCCUCGCACCCCGUCUCGUCCCCACACUCCCUCCUGCUCGCAGCCCCACUUGCAGCCCCACUUGCAGCCCCACUUGCAGUUCCAUCCUCAACGCCCACAGGGCGAUCAAAUCACACGUGCUGCUGAGACGGCUGCUUCACCUGCUGUUGUGCCUGCGGCAGUGCCGGCUGCUGCGAGUGCUGCUGUUGCAGUGUCAGGAACGGGCUGUGAACCAAUAACCAUCAUUAACACAGCUGAUCCCCAGGCUACUGACACCAGUUCUGCUACUGACACAGACAUUGCUGCUGAUGUUGCCGUUAGUGCGAUUGGCACGAACAGUGCUAUUGAUACAGCCCCUAAUUCUGACCCUGGCACCAUUACUGCCACGGCCUAUGCCACUGGCAUGGCCAAUGGUACCGCAGCAGGUACUGAUACUCAGCACUCAGGAGGUGUUGGCACUGGUAACGCAUCUGCCCUUGUGUCAAGUGCUGGUGACCCCUCGCGAGCUGCGCUGCCGUUAACGGCUAAUCCCACACCGUUAGCUGACACCUCGCCAGCAGCACUCAGCACCGCGCCACCAUCCGGCACCCCGCCUCCUCUCGACCCCACAGCAGCAGCAUCCAGUCCAACAGCCACUGUGGACCCCCAACCAUCGCCCACCCACACAGCAGCCGCAGCACUUGCAGCAGCCGGAGCCAUGAGUCCCACAGCAGCCAUGGACCCGUCAGCUGCAGCAGACCCCUCACCACCCGCUGCAGCCCCCGACUCCUGCCGCCAGCAGCCCACCCAAGACGCACAAAAGCCGCUAGACCGCCCCUCUCCCGCAGCCCGCUCCGCUCUUCCGCGCCCCACCACCCCGCGCUCGCUGCCCUACCGCACGCGCAGCUCCGACUUUGGCUCCGCCAAACAGAGGGUGUCCAAGCUGCAGCUGCUCUCCUCUUCCCUGCUCUCCCCUUCCCCCGCCGACGCUGCUGCUGCUGACCCGCCUGCUCCCUCCCCUGCUGCUUCGCUUGGGGGUGCUGGUGGCGUUGCUGGUGGGGCGAGGAGUGGAGGGGGAGGCGGUGGGCCGAGGCCAGGGACGUUGAAGAAGUGGAAAUCGCUGCAGUCCAAUACAGGGACUCUGGCCAGCCUGCUGCAAGCAAUGGCGGGCACAGACUCCGACCCUCCCUCUGCCUCAGCGGACCGAGGCCGCUCCAGUGGCAGCAUGAGGGGGCUAGGCGCCGGGGCUGGGGGUGCAGCGGCAGGGGGCACACUCUUGGACCGCCCUGCUGGUGCUGGUGGGGGCGGGGGCGGAUCACUCCUGGAGCGCACGUCCGGUGCGUCUGGCAGCGGUGGCGCGCUGCUGUCCAAGCUCUUCCGCACCUCGUCCGCCAUCACGCCCAGCGAGUCGGUGAAGCGUCUGCUCAUGUGGCCCAAGGCCGGCUCGCAGCUCUUCCGCUGCUCGCCCUCCGCCCGUGCUGCCACCAACUGCUGGUCGCCUGCUGACCCCAUGUCGUUGCUUGUGCGGGGUCCCACGUAUAUGAGUGACGGGGCCAAGGUUCCGCCCUCGUCGCCUCCCCUGUACGAGCCGUGGGGUGCAGACGUCUUCCACACGUCCAGGAAGAUCCGCCACAUCGCCGACCACGUGGACCUCCCAGCCACUCUCGUGCCGCCACUGGGCAGUGAGCCACUCGUACAGAGCAGCAACGGGCUGCCACCUGUCCUCAUCAUCAACAUCCAGCUGCCCCUUCAACCGCCCCCGUCCCUGCUCUCCCUGCACCAGCGGGCGUGGGACGGGCCGGGGCUGAGUGUGGUGCUGUACUGCCGGCUAGGGGCCCACUGGCGCGGCAGUGCAGCGCCCCCCGCGCACAUGCAGCCAGUGCUGCUGCCACGUGGGGUUAAAAGAGACGAGGGGCCGCAGGCAGGGGAGCAAGAGGUGGGGAGACAGGGGGGGGGAGGAGGAGGGGAAGGGCGGGAAGGGGGAGCGGCGGACGGAGCGGACGGUUCCCGUUUAGUAGUCCCUCGAGCGGCGACGGAGGAGCCAGUGAGAGGCGCAGAGCAGAAGCAAGGAGCAGCAGGCAGGCGAGUAGAGGGCGGUGAGGCAGCAUGCAACGAGGCCGCAGGGCCGGAGGCAGAGCAACGGAGCCCGCAGGUUGAGGGCGCCAGCAUGAGCAGCAGCAGCAGGCGCACGCCGCGCAGCAGCAGUGGCCGGCGCCGGGGCAGCUGGUCAAGUGCCUCCUCCAAUGGGGGCGCGGGGGAUGACCUUCUGGGGGAGGGCCAUGCGGGGAAGGUUCGUGUGGGGAAGGAGCACGGGGGGAAGGUGGAACGGGGGUCCCGAAGGUGGGGAGCAGAGGGGGACGGGGAGGGUGAGGUGAAGAAGCUGGUUUGGGAUCGGCCGAAGCUGAUGGUGAGGCUCGGGAAUGAGGGGGAGGUGGCGCUGAGCGCGGGUGGCAAGAAGCUGGUGGAGGGGGUGAGUGGCAGGGCGGUGGUGACUCGCCCCUUCCACACCGUGCUGCAGCCCUCCUCCCAGUCUUACCUGGAGCUGGACAUAGACGCGCACGCCUUCCCCCCCGCCCACCAGAGGGCGCUGCUCUCCCUGCGCCCGCACCUGCCUGACGCCAUUCUUGACCUCGCCGUCCUACUGCAGGGUGAAUCGCCCCAGGAAUUGCCGGAGCCUGUGCUGGCAUGUGUGAGGCUGCACCAUCUGGAGCUCUCCCACUUCGGAUGCCUCAACUGACACCCAAACCAUGACCCAACCUCUGACUGCACACAUGGGUACGAAUCAUAUGAUGAUAUGUUCGGGAAGCCAGUGUAUUCUCAUAUUUAUUUUCGAGUAAGGUUUCUCGCCAUGUUGAGGCACUCACAGCAACACAGGGUUAUGUCCCACAAGGUAGUGAAG